AUGGAAGACAUGGAAGGUGAUAUAGACUCCUCAGCUACAGAGUGUGAGGAUAACCCACGGUCCAACACGCCGACCAGGUUCACUUCAGCAGAAGAAACCUACAAUACUUUGGAAGCUCAGCUAUUAGCUGAAUCGAACCAACACCUUCAGAGGAUUAUGGACCUCCUACCACAACCUAGUAAAUCAAACCCCACCGUACCGGAAAAGGCUGAGAUCAAGGAGAGGGUGACUUCAAUGUUCGCCACGAUAAAUAAAUUAUACGGAAGUCUGGUUGAACUCAGAGCCACCCAAAGCAACACGCCAAGCAUAAUGUGUCAGUGUAAGCCAGUUCAAACCGUGCAAACACCAACUUACUCGGAAAUACUCAAAACAAACAUACACCAGAGCACUACGACGAAAACUAUAAACAGAUCUUUAAGUAGAAAGAUCCAGAACGAGGGAAGUAGCAGCAGCUACGCCCUUAUGGUCUAUCCAAAGGAAACAGACAGCGGAACCACUAACAUGGGGAAAAUACACAAGGAAAUUAUAAAAGGAGUGCAACCUGAUAAACUAAAAAUAAAGGUUACAGCUAUUAAGCGGGUGAAAGGUGAUGGCCUCUGCUUCCGCACAAGCAGUAGGAGGGAUGCCAUCAUAUUGGAACAAGCUGUGCAAGGGCUACCGGCGGUACAGCCACAAGUCAAAACAAGAGUCUCAGAGGGCAGGCGGCCGAGGGUUAUCUUACUGAACGUCCCGAACUCGGUUGAAGAUGACAACAUAGUCAACACGAUAUACCAGCAGAAUGACACAUUAAAUGGAUUAAGCAAAGAAGACUUUGAGGCUUCAACCAGGGUAAGCACCACCCUCACAAGAGGUAACACUAAAGAAAAUUGUAGGCACGUAGUGCUUUCCACCUCACCGCAUAUAAGGAAUCUUCUCAUAAAGGAGAAAUACGUUUCCCUCUUAUGGGCUAACAUUCUCAUUGAUGACUAUGUUCAUAUUACCCGCUGCUAUCAAUGCUGCGGGUACAAUCAUCUCGCCCGGGAAUGUUCAUCUAAACAGUACUGCAGCCACUGCUCAAAAUCGCACAAAUACAACGAGUGUACUAGAAGAGAGCAGCCCUCAUGUUGUGUAACUUGCAAGAUGGCUAAUAAGGACUUGCCCCCUGAAAAACGGCAGCCCACAAACCAUAAUGCCUUCGACCCGAAAUGCCCGCAUACAAUCAAGUUAAGAGAACAGAUUAUAAAACAAACAAACUAUGGGUACGAAUAA